AUGAGAAGAUCCAAGAAGAAUACCGCAUUGGCAGGUGGCCCAUCCACAAGCGAUAAUCCCAACAGGCCUACCAACGGAUCCGCCGUUUCUGAGCACCGAAGAAGGCAACUGCGGAGAGCACAGCAAGCAUAUCACCAGCGCAAGGAAUCAACAACGCUAUCCCUGAGAAAUCAGGUUGAACUCCUACAGACAACAAUUGAGGAACUAGAUCGAACGUUCCAAACGUACCAUAAUAAGGUGGAAACAUCCGACCUAUCAUGUUCUGAUACGACCCUACGAAGAACUCUACAACACAUUCGUGAAGAAUUUCUUGCCAUUUCUGGAGCUUCAAGAAUGAAUGGGGAUCUUCGAAGCCCCUUCCGAACAAAUGGAAGCACGUCAAACGUAAUGCAACGCAGGCAUCGUGCAGGAGGCUCCCAGCAGGAAGAAUUUGAAUCUGAAAUAGCCAUCACGGCUAGGUGUGUCAGUCGAAGCCCAGGGUUAGCCCGCCGAGGCUCGUCUUUCUACAUGGCAAACUCCGAAGAAAUCAAUCGACCGUAUGGAUUAUCCUCUGGACGUAAUUCAUCCACUUCGACACCAACGACCGACUUUUUAAACACACCAACAUGCAAUGUAGGCCACGGCAUUUUUCCUGAUAUUAUCAUUCCUGCGCAUCUGUUUUCUUCACCUAUGCCCUACUUUCGGGAGACUUCUUUUGAACGCCGGCUGCAUCGAGCCUGUUUGAAAAACGGGUACGACUUGCUGGUAGAUCCAACUACUGAUCCGGACAAUGCGAGGAGAGUAUUCAGGCUCCCAUUGACAUUCUCUGAUCGAGGCUCAAUUGUCCAACGGGUGCAAGGGCUUCUUGAAGACGGGUUAGAGGAAGCUCCAGAGAUGUGGGAUAUGCCCUUCUUCCUGCUAGGAGGAGCGGGAACUCAUUAUCCCCGAAGAGAUCAAGGAGGGAGACCUAUUCUCCCCCCUAAUUCCGUGCCUAUGAAUAAAUUAAUUGGUGCUUUGACACAUCAGGCAGCACAGCCAGAAUCGGUCAACAGUAUUGACGAGUUUCUGGCUGGCCUUGGUCUUGAUGGGGAGUGGUAUGAUUCGUAUGACGUAGAAGGCUAUCUCAUGGAGAAAGGUAUCCUCCUGGAUGGAGAUACUACAUUUUGCAAAGUGCCUAAACAUAUAUGGCCAACGGAGUAUCCACCUCCCGGCGCUAUAUCUAGCAAUCCCUCAGAUGACGUGCAACUCGAACGUUCAUUUCAAGAAUACACCCAUUCCGGGAAUGCAGAUCUCAGUGGAAUAUACUCGUCUGCCCAUCUCCAGCCCAUGACACAGGUGUCAUAUGCGCAGUCUUUCUCGUUACAGGGCGUUGGAGCAAGUUGGAGUGAUCCUAAUAUGAACGGCUCUUGGAUCUUUGAUAUCUCAUUCAGUCUGGCCUUUGCUUCGGGCGUUGUCCCGCGUUUCGUCGAGAAGAUGUGGAAAACACAUUUCGCCUUGCAAUCUGUAGAAGCUUUUUAG